CGUCAGCUGUUCAGUGGUAGCAUGAAUCUUGCUAAAAGUUUACGUUUCAUUUAUUAAAGCCACUACAAUAAUGAGUCAAUAUAGUCAUGUUAAAUAUACGACAUCACCAACGCCAUCCGUUGUCUCGGGCUAUACAUCCGCCUCGCGGGCCCAAUCUCCGCUACCGCCGCCCAUAAACUAUCGCAAAGAUUGCCUCUCCGCGACUACAAAAAGCUACAAAUAUUUGCGACGUUUACUCAAAUUCAAUCAAAUGGACUUCGAAUUUGCGCUCUGGCAAAUGGUUUAUUUGUUUAUAGCGCCACAGAAAGUAUAUAGGAACUUCAAUUAUAGGAAACAAACAAAAUCACAAUUUGCGCGAGACGAUCCUGCAUUUCUAGUGCUGUUGAUCAUUUGUCUAUGUGUUACUUCUGUAGGUUUUGCCUAUGUGUUGGGAUUGUCCCCUUGGCAGAGCAUAUCCUUUAUAUUCUAUGUUGUGUUUGUGGAUUGCAUUUUUGCGGGUGUCAUCAUAGCCUCAUUUUUCUGGGCUGUCACGAAUCGGUAUUUGCGUGCAAGCAAUCUAGAGCCGGAUAUUGAAUGGGGAUAUGCCUUUGAUGUACAUCUAAAUGCGUUCUUCCCGCCGCUGAUGCUGUUGCAUUUUAUUCAGUUAUUUUUUUACAACUGGCUUAUUAGCCAAUCGUGGUUCAUUUCUCGUUUUCUUGGCAAUAGUUUCUGGCUACUCGCGAUGAGUUAUUAUGUCUACAUCACCUUCUUGGGCUACAACUGCAUACCGCAUUUGAAGAAUACGCGACUUAUACUCAUCGCCCUGCCCAUUAUCUUUCUGCUAUAUCUCGUCGUCACCAUUAUUGGCUGGAAUGCGACAGUUUCAUUUAUAAACUUUUAUAAAUACCGCGUCUAUUGAUUUUUUCGUUUGUGGCACAUUGCGUAGCUUUCUGUGUAAAUUAUAAUGCUUUUAGAUUAUAGAUCCAAAACUUAUGACUAAUAAACCCACUAGCAUUACCCAUGUUAAUCACACAUCCAUAUGA